AUGGGGAACAAAAAGAAAUCCACAACCUGUCCAGACCAUAUUGAGCAAGGCUCCAGCAAGAAAGCGGGAGAUCUGGACAGGUACUUCAGAGAAAAGGUAAAGGCUUUGACACACGUCGAAGAUAGCAAUAUGGUGGCGGCCCCGCGAGAAUCUGACUCACCUCCUCCUAGCCCAGCAUCUUUGGAACAAUCUACUAUCAUCAAAGACUCCGAAAUUAGGGAGCUACUGCAGAACUUACCCUCCAAAACAGACCUCACAUCUAUGCUGGCAAAAUUGGAGGAAUCGAUGCAAGAGAAGAUAUCUGACAUUGCCAGAGACGUGCACCAUGUGGAGCAAAGAGUAGGAGAACUGGAAGAUGAAAACUUACAAACAUUGGGGGCGAUUAUAGCUCUGGAAACAAGACAGGACGAAAUGGAACUAAAAUAUAUUAAUAUGGCCAGAAACUUUGAAGACUUAGAAAAUGGGAGCCGGAGGAAUAAUUUACGCAUGAGAGGCCUACCGGAAACACAGGAAGCUUCAGAGGACCUACAGGCCACAUUACAGAUGUUAUUUAACAACAUCCUCCAGAGGCCAGCGGAUACUCCUGUCCUACUAGACCGAGCACACAGGGCCCUGAGACCAAAAGGCCUCCCACAAGAUAAACCGAGGGAUGUUAUAUGCAGAAUCCACUAUUAUUCAUUAAAAGAAGAGAUUCUGAGACUCUGAGAUCAAAGGAUUCACCAGUGAUGACACAGGGAAAUACUCAACUACAACUAUUUCUGGAUCUGGCUUGGUCCACUUUACAAGGCCGCAGAUCAUUACGCCCCAUCACAGGAAUGCUGCAAGACCGCAAUAUAAAAUACCGAUGGAGAUAUCCAUUCUCAUUGUCCGUGAUUAAAGACGGUAACACAGUCUCCCUAAGGUCAGCAGAGGAUGCCCCGGAAUGUCUUUGUAAACUUGGUUUACCUCACAUAGUUAUACUGGACUGGUACACAGAGAACUCCUAUCAAGCAACUGUACCGCAACCUCAGAGACAACGAAGACGAUCCCCUGCCGGAUCCAAAAGGCCCACGUCCAGACAGCCCUCACAAGAACCGAAUACAAGAACAAGAAGAGAGCUUCCAGCAUCUUAAUCAGUGUUGCAUUAUACCAGGACUAAAUCCUCAAACAGGCAACUUUCAGACCCAGUCUGCAAACUGGACGUUUAUUACAUAA